AUGUUUCAAACAAAAUCGCACGCGACCAGGUGCGCGGACGUGCACGUCGACGCCAAAGCCAGUCUCACUGCCGCAACAAUAGCAGCAGCACCCGCACCGACAUCCUCCUCCUCCUCCUCCUCAUCAGCACCAGCACCAGCAGCAGUAGCAGUAUCGCUCGCUCGGCAGACGGACGCGCUGCCCGUUGCGCAGCCGUCGCCGUUUGUAUUGGACGACUUCAAGUUGCUCACGACGUUGGGCACGGGCACGUUUGGGCGGGUGCGGCUCGUGCAACUUAAGCGCGGGCAGUCGUUUUGCGCGCUCAAGAUUUUGAAAAAAUCGGAAAUUUUGCGGCUCCAGCAGUUGCACCACAUGCAGUGCGAAGUGGAUAUUUUACGGCGCCUGCGCCAUCCGUUUGUCGUAAAUUACUUUGGCCACUUUCAAGACGAGCGGCGCCUCUACGUCGUGCUCGAGUAUGUCCAAGGUGGGGAAUUGUUUUCGUACUUAAGACGACAAGGCCGGUUCGUCGACCCCGUCGCGCGCUACUAUGCGGCGCAAUUGGUCCUCGCGAUUUCGUACCUCCACGCUCAGCACAUUAUCUAUCGGGACUUAAAGCCCGAGAACGUGUUGAUUACGGCUCAAGGGCACCUGAAGAUCACGGACUUUGGGUUUGCCAAGAUUGUCCACGACAAGACGUGGACGCUGUGCGGGACGCCCGAGUACUUGGCGCCCGAGAUCAUCCAGAGCAAAGGACAUGGCAAGUCGGUCGACUGGUGGGCGCUCGGCGUGCUGCUGUACGAGAUGCUGGCGGGGUAUCCGCCGUUUUACGACGAGAACCCGUUUGGCAUUUACCAGAAGAUUCUCGACGGGAAACUCGACUUUCCGAAACACAUGGACGCAAAGGCCAAGGACCUCAUCAAGAAGCUCCUGUCACAAGACCGCACAAAGCGACUGGGCUGUUUACGGAACGGAUCGGAAGACGUGAAAAAGCACAAGUAUUUUGCCAAAGUGGACUGGGACGCUGUGCUCGCACGUUCCGAGGCACCGCCGUAUUUGCCGCCGGUAAGAGGCCCCGGCGACCACACGCACUUUGACGAGUAUCCUGACUCGCCCGUGGACGAUGCCGGCAUUCUCUAUGGCGAAGACAGAGCUGCGUUUGACGUGUUUGACCAAUUUUAA